AUGGUUCUGCCGGGGACCUUCCUCAAGCUGGGCCUCGGGCUCAAUCCCCGUCGGGAUCUUCGUUCCGGACAAGACGGCGCUCUCGUCCGCGUCGACCAUGCCGCCGAAGGUACUCCGUCGUACGCGACAAACAUUGAACGUUUUCACUACACGGUGAAACGGGCGCGGAGCAUCAUUGAGAGCCGCGACGCCACCGUGGCCGUGUCCCAGUCGGAAAUUCACAGUAUUUUGACCAAGAUUGAGGAACUGGACCGGCAGGUGAGGGCGCUGCUACCGAACGGGCCCGAACCUACCUCGCCCGUUCCUAGGUUGGGGCCCGGAUCCCAGCCUGCUUCUGACAAGACGAACGGCGCGGGCGGUGCCAGAGACCAGGACUGCGAUGCAGAGAACUUGAUCUAUGACCUGGGAGCGAGAGCCGUCGUGGAUGCGGACGGACAUGUAAGUGGACACCCGUUAUUCCGCCGAAAUUCCAACUGCCCCAUGGAGUCCGCCGUCAAUGGCAAGAAUCCCGCCAACGCCGGCGGUGCCUCCUCGGAGAACCACAAGUCCGGCAAUCCCAAGGGGGCAGACGCCUCGGCCGAAGAAAAGCAAAAGUCCAAGGCCGAGGGUGGCAAAGGAAGUGCCGCGCUUGACGUCCCCGGCGGCGAAGCUCGCACCGGCUUGCCCCAGGUCGUGUCGGCCACGGUAGAAACGGUCGAGGUCAAGACUGUGCCCGUCAACGGGGCGCUGGUCAUGACCACAGUCACCAGGACUACCACCAGGCUAUCAACCGUCACAGUUGUACGACAGCACAAGGCCACGGGGUCUACGGCGGCAAAGCAGACGACGCCCGACGACACUACUGCCGCGGUGAAAAACCCCCAAGACGGCACCGGCAAGGGCGUCGAGAAGCCAAAGGUUGCCCAGAAUGUCCCCGUGGCACCCAGCGCCGGCAGCUUCGCCCAGUUUUCCAACGACACCUCCAAGUUCUCGAAUAGCACCGCGGCCAGCCAUGCUUCUCAGGCAGCGGACCAAAAGACGGCGGACGUGACUGUUGAUGACAAGUCUUUCAACCACACUGCUGUCGACAAGACGAAAGGGCCUGAGCAAAUCGGCAGCACGCCCGUGCAGGAAAGCGAAGAAGCGGGAAACGUCACAGCCCCUCAAGACGCGGCCAGCCUCGCUCCGGAAAAGUCUGCCAAUCACACCGCCGCGUCGGACAAGGUCGUCGGCACUCCUGGCCAGCAGCAGCCGGCGAAUCUCACCGGGACCGAAGACUCGGGGACAAAGGUCGCCAACACCACGGCGGAUAACGUCGCCAGCACGCCUAAUCAGCAGCCGGUGAAUCUCACCGAGACUGGAGACGCCGGGGAAAAGGCCUCCAACACCGCGGCGGAUACAGUCGCCAGCACGCCUAACCAGCAGCCGGCAAAUCUUACCGAGGCCGAAGGUCCCGGGAAGGAAACCUCCAACACCGCGGCGGAUACAGUCGCCAACACGCCUAAUCAGCAGCAGCCGCCGAAUCUCACCGGGACCGAAGACGCCGGGGAAAAGGCCGCUGGCACCGUAGCCGAUGACAAGUCCUUGAGCAGCGCACCUGAGCCGGGUACAAACCCCGCUCCAGACGCCGGCAAUCCAAACGGAAGAGUCAAGGUCAUCACUGUCGUCCCUAUCCCCGCCCAGUUGGGCGGCGCGUCGCCUGCCGCGGCUACUGCCGCCGGGAGCCCAGACAUGGCGAGGAAGGCCGAGCCGGCCGUCAGUGCUGCAGUCGGGGCCAACGAGGCUGUGCGCCGAGCGGAGACGGGCUUCAUGACGGUGCGGGUGCCCGGGUCCAAGUAA